AGAGCGUAACCGAGAUUACCGAGGAGCACCUGAACGCCGCAUCAGCCUCCAGCUUCCUCACACAGACUCACACGCAGCUAGCGGCUGAUCUGCUAAAAAACUAUUGUUUGCGGCUGUUGUUGUCGUCGUCAGACAGUGCGGUCUCACACACACUUGACCACCUGCCAUGGAGUGGGUUUUCCUGGCUGGGGGCUUCUGUGGGGCAGCGGACCGGAGGGUGGAUCGGCAGCUCCGCAGCCGUUAGGACCGAGCAGCACGCGGCAGACGGAAUGAAUACAAAAGGAACCCCCGAGAAGAAGAGACGAUGGUGGGGACAGCAGCAGCAGUAGCGGCGGGAGGAGGAGGGGAAGAAGCGGGUUUCACAUCCAGCAGAACUAUUCUUUUCUAAAAAAAAAAAAAAAAAAAAAUCAUCUUCCGCUAAAUUGAAGACAGGGUUAUUUCGCUUGAAAGUUCUCCAGGAUGUCGGAUCCGAGUCACUGUUCUGCAGUGCCGAGCCAGAACAAAUCCCGUUUUCUUCCUGUUUCGCUGCUGAAACGAUCCAAGAGCUGUCGCAGCAGCAACAGGAAGAGUCUCGGCAUUGGGACGCCCUCACCCACGCUGUCAAGGCCACUUUCCCCACUCUCGCUUAACACAGCUGCGAGCAGUCCUCUAGACAGCCCACGAAAUGUGUCAACUAGUGCCUGCGUCAAUUUUCCAUUUGCCCGAAGUCACUUGGCUCGUGCUGAAAGAGCUGAGGGCCGACGAUGGUCUCUGGCCUCCCUUCCUUCAUCGGGCUAUGGAACCAAUCCGCCGAGCUCCACCGUCUCAUCAUCCUCGUCCUCCCAGGAGCGUCUCCAUCAGCUUCCCUACCAGCCGACGCAAGAUGAGUUGCACUUCCUUUUCAGGCACUUCCGCAGCACAGACAGCAUUACUGACGAGGACGGACGGCCCUCGCCAGUCAUACGACCUCGGUCAAGGAGCCUCAGUCCCGGGCGAUCAACCAUCUCCUUUGAUAAUGAGAUCGUCAUGAUGAACCAUGUUUACAAAGAACGUUUUCCAAGGGCCACAGCCCAGAUGGAGGAUCGCUUGUUGGAGAUUGUCACCCAGAACUCUCCAGACAGCUCCCUUCCAUUGGCUGACGGCGUGCUGGGUUUCAUCCAACACCAGUUGGUGGAGCUGGUCAGGGACUGUCUGGACAAGUCUCAGAAAGGCCUGGUUACUUCCCGCUAUUUCGCCGAGCUGCAGGAGAAGCUGGACAAUCUGCUGCACGAGGCCUUUGAACGCUCUGAAAGUGAGGAAGUAACCGUCAUCACCCGGCUGGUGCGGAAGAUCCUCAUCAUAAUCUCUCGGCCAGCUCGCCUGCUUGAAUGCCUGGAAUUUGACCCAGAAGAGUUCUAUCACCUGCUCGAGGCAGCAGAGGGCCAUGCCAAAGUGGGCCAGGGGAUCAAGACAGACAUCCCACGGUACAUCAUCAGCCAGCUUGGUCUGACCCGAGACCUGCUAGAAGACAUGGUGCAGCUUGAACAUGACGCCGGUCCUUCAGUGUCAGUGGAGCCGGAGGCUGAUGUAGAGACUAAAGCCCCACAGACUCUGACUCCAACUCGAAGGAAACCUCUGGAGAGUGAUUUCGAGACCAUCAAACUCAUCAGUAAUGGAGCUUAUGGGGCGGUGUAUUUGGUCCGUCACAAAGAGACACGGCAGCGGUUCGCCAUGAAGAAGAUAAACCGUCAGAACCUGGUGCUGAGGAACCAGAUCCAGCAGGCAUUUGUGGAGCGGGAUAUCCUGACUUUUGCUGAGAACCCGUUUGUUGUCUCCAUGUUCUGCUCUUUUGAGACACGGCGCCAUCUCUGCAUGGUCAUGGAGUACGUAGAAGGGGGAGAUUGUGCCAACUUGCUAAAGAAUAUGGGCCCUCUGCCUGUAGAAAUGUCAAGAAUGUACUUUGCUGAAACAGUCCUGGCACUCGAGUACCUUCACAACUAUGGGAUUGUGCACCGUGAUCUUAAACCUGACAAUUUGUUGAUCACAUCCAUGGGUCACAUUAAGCUGACUGACUUCGGCCUGUCCAAAAUCGGCUUGAUGAACAUGACCACCAACCUGUAUGAGGGACACAUAGAAAAAGACACGAGGGAAUUUGUUGACAAACAGGUGUGCGGCACCCCAGAGUACAUCGCUCCAGAGGUGAUCCUCAGACAGGGCUACGGGAAGCCGGUGGACUGGUGGGCGAUGGGAAUCAUCCUGUAUGAGUUCCUCGUCGGCUGUGUCCCGUUUUUUGGAGACACACCUGAGGAGCUUUUUGGGCAUGUUGUCAGCGAUGAAAUCAUUUGGCCAGAAGGAGACGACGCCUUACCUGCUGAUGCCCAGGACCUGAUUACUCGCCUACUGAGGCAGAGCCCCUUAGAACGACUGGGAACGGGUGGCGCCUCAGAGGUGAAGCAGCAUCCUUUCUUUGUGGGUUUGGACUGGAAUGGACUCCUCAGACAGAAAGCAGAGUUCAUUCCUCAGCUGGAAGCAGAAGAUGACACAAGCUACUUUGACACUCGUUCUGAUCGCUACCAUCAUUUGGCGUCUGAUGAAGAUGAGGAAACUAAUGAUGAGGAGUCAUCUUUGGAAAUCAGGCAAUUUUCCUCCUGGUCGCAUCGCUUCAGCAAGGUUUACAGCAGCACGGAACAUCUGGCGACACCAUCCAACCUGAGCUUCUCUUCCGACCGCAGCCACAGCGAAGAGAAGGAGGACCGCGGGGAUGUUGGAGGGCUGAAUCUGUCCCUGAGCCCAGUAGAUGGCUGUCUGGAGAACAGACACUCUGCACGCAUGGCGAGCCUUCGUCCUCGUGCCUCCUCUAGUUCUUCACAGUCUGACAGGAGCGCGAGUCCGCUGGUGAUGAGCAGCACCCACAGCCUGGAAACGAUGCCCCGCUUCGCCCUCUCCACUGACGAUGAAGCUGAAGUGGUGGUGUCAAACCUCCGGAGGAUCAGGAUUCGCAGCAACAGCACCGGGGCCAAACACUCAUCCCCGAAGGACCCAGCUGGCCCCCGACGCUUCGGUAACCAGCUGGAGACACCGGACAGACAGAGGCUUCCCUGCGGAGGAAAGGUUCCCAAGUCGGCGUCUGUCUCGGCCCUGUCCCUCAUUAUCACUCCAGAUGACUCACCAAGUGGCCUCCAGCCCAGUCCCAUUUCACCACGUUCACUGUCUUCCAACGCCUCGUCUCGUGACUCGUCCCCCAACAGGGAUCUGUCCCUCAGCCCCGCCAGCCUGAAGCCGCCGAUUAUCAUCCACACCUCAGGGAAGAAGUACGGCUUCACCCUGCAAGCCAUCCGGGUCUACAUGGGUGACAGCGACGUCUACACUGUCCAUCAUAUGGUGUCGAGUGUGGAGGAGGGCAGCCCAGCUCACCAGGCAGGUCUCCGCACUGGAGACCUCAUCACCCACUUAAAUGGCGAGUCUGUUCAGGGCCUGGUCCACCCAGAGAUGAUAGAGCUGCUACUAAAGAGUGGCAACAAGGUGGCUCUGCAGACCAUAGCCCUCGAGAACACGUCAAUCAAAGUAGGCCCAGCUCGAAAGACCAAACACAAAGGCAAGAUGGCCCGUCGCAGCAAGAGGAGCAGAAAAAGAGAUAAUUACGACAGGCGACGGACCAUCUUAAAGAAACUGUCCAAGCAGAGCACAGUGAUGCACAGCAGCCGCAGCUUCUCCUCAGGUCUUCAUCACUCUGUUUCCUCCAGUGAGAGCCUUCCGGGCUCCCCGACACACAGCUUGUCUCCUGGGCCCUCUACACCCUGCAGAAGCCCAGCACCUGAUCAUCAGGGCUGUGACAACAACUCUCCUCAAAGCACAUCUCCUUGCUCGAGUUCUCCCAGUUCACCCGCUACACACAUUCGUCCCAGUUCUCUGCACGGCCUUGGUUCCAAACUCAGCACGCAACGCUUUACCAAGGUGGGCCGUCGAAAGUCGACUAGUAACAUCCCACCAUCUCCUCUGGCCUGCAAUUCUUCAUCAUCCUCCAACCAGCCUUUGUCCCCACAGCGAUCACCGUCCCCACUGCCAGGCUUUGCCAAAACCCUCCACACCUAUCAUGGUAAAACCUUAUCGCCCCCCACCAUCGUCAGGCACGUUGUCCGGCCCCGCAGCGCAGAGCCCCCUCGAUCUCCUUUACUCAAGAGGGUGCAGUCAGCUGAGAAACUGUCUGGUGUGUACCAUGGUGAUAAAAAGUCAUACGCCCCCCGCAGGCACACGCUGGAGGUGCCGUUUUAUUGCGAGGGUGACCUGCUGGGAGACUCUGAGGUAGAGGGAGCCUGUGGGAGCUUCCACAUCGGAGCAGACCAUAACAGACUAGGAAGCUACAUGGGCAGCCAAAGGAUGCGCGACUCUGGGACCGAACGGUCAGAGCAGCUGGUUGUGAUGCGGAAGCUCAAUCUAUCAGAGCGACGGGACUCCUUCAAAAAGCAGGAGGCAGUGCAGGAGGUAAGCUUCGACGAGCCGGACGAGAAAAGCAGCAGCAACAGCUGCUCGGUGACGGGAACCAUCACAGCUCCAGGAUUCCAAGCAAGGCCCCUGCAGCAGCAGCACAGGACAGCCUGGAUAGUUAGUCGGCCCCAGAGCAGAGAGGAGGUGGAGCCAGAGGUGCCCGUCGUCAGGAGGUUCACCCUUGUUCCUCAGAUCGCUGUCCAGGGUUCAACAGAGAGUGAGGAGCAAGAUGAGUGGGAGCCCUGCUCAGAUGGAGAGGAUGGAAAUGAAGGCCCCGAGCUGGAGAUCUCUUCGUCCCAGCAGCAACAAGUAAAGUGUCUUGUGUCUAAUCAGGCUCAGACAGCAGAAGCCGCUUCCACAGCUAUUCAAGGUGCAUCUCAAAGCGCAGAGACCUGUGAGGAAACCCGGAAAAAAGAACCACACAGAAAAUGAAACUUUAUCACAUCGCGGGGACUUUCAAACGAAGCCGAGCUGUUUUCCAUUCUGAGCCAAAAAAUAAACUCAUGGAAGAAGCUCCUACUUGAAUUUUGUAUUGUAAAUAUUUGCAGACUUUCAGGUCAUAUUUAUUAUGUUGUAACAAAAAGAGGAACAAGGAAAGGUUCUCAUUUUCUGACUAGCCAUGGGUAAAAGCUUUUUGUUUCCAUAAAACAUGAUUUUAUGUCUUGAAUGGAUUUUCUUUUCUAAAAAUGUCUAUUUUUUAAGGAAAUGGUGGUGACAUAGUAAUGCUGGAUAAUUAUUGGACCAAAUGGAGUGAUAAGUCUUUAUAGAAUCAGGAUUAGUUUUUCCCCCAGUGUGCCCAGAUUUAAAAGGACAACUUUAGGUGUACUAUAGAAAAUGUUUUAGCUCACACUGCAAGAAACACAAUUUAUUAGUAAUUUGAGCUGCGUCCUGCAGAUUUAUUUUCACCUACAGGAAAAAGUAUUGGGCUUUGUUACUUGGCUUCUGGGUUUUGUGGGUUAAUAGCAUUUUUUUCAUUUUAAGAUUAAUUAUUUGUGUUUCCUGCAAACCACUGGAAUACGUUUCAUUCCCAUUCAACCAAUCAGAGCAGAACUGUGUCUCAAAUCCCACUGAGACUCCCCCUGGGACAUGCAGUCUGUUACAAGGCCGUGAUAUCAGAGCGCCGUCCUCUUAAGCCAUAUCUUUGAUGCUACAACAAACAACUCCACAUGAGGCUUUUCUCCACUGGCGUUUCGAUCUUUAAAUUGGACAACCAUGAAAUUGAGGCUAUUGCUGCGUUUCCAAGUGCGGCUCAGCUUUUGCGUCAUGCUGCAACAUCUUGUUUUGACCUGUUGAGCUGCCAAACUGCUUUAAAGAAAACAGGAUAGUUUUUUUGCUUAUUUAAAUCCUCAUUGUGUUUUUCUUGAAGUUCUUUUUUUUUUUUUAUCCUACCAUAACUACUCAUUCUGGAUAUGUCUCGCCCAAACAAACCACAGUGUUUACUGUUAUUUUCCUGCUGUGUUGGGAGAGAGACCAAGCAUCAUUGACCUGUUUAUUGUGUAGUCGUGUUUACAUCAGAAGGGGGAAAGUGCACUAUUUUGACGUACGUUUUGUAACUCGAUGUGAAAGGCACCAGGGAAUCACCGGAGGGACGUGUUUUCGGUCGAUCCGAGCCCUGGCGAUCCUUGAACUAAAACUGUUUUGUGUCUUUGUUUUGUACAAAUACCGAUGUAUAUUUUAAUAUUGAAGCUUUUUUGCAUAUCCAAAUGCGUUGAAGGAGGUAUUCAUGUAUGCACAGGUACAAUGACAAACGGCGGAACCAAGAUCUUGAGGUUUUUAUUUUUGUUCAGUUUUCCUGCAAACCUGUUUGUUGGGUUUUUGACCCAUAUUUGACACAUUUUCUGUAGAGAGCUGCAGUUUUGGGGUUGUCCUUUCCUCAGUGGUUUUGGUUUGUGUCCUCUGUUAAUUGUUGACAUGUCAAUCGAACCCCUUUUUCCCUUUAGGUCCUCAAAUGUCCUGAUGAGAACCUUACAGAUUGCUGUUGUUAGUGAAGUGGAGCAAUCAUUUAAUGGCUCAGUUUUUUUUGCAGUCUGACUGAAUUGUUCACAACAAACAAACAUUCUGUGUACUGUAUAAACACUUUAUAACAAAUGGCUGUGUUUGAUGAGCCCGUCCUCUUUGGUACCAUGAAAGAAAAAUACACAUGUUGCAUAGCUGUUUUUCUAUUGAAGUUAAUUGGUUCCUUGGCAGAAGUUUGGUACCAAACCUUUUUGUAUGUUUACGUCCACAUAAGUAGAAAGAUAUUCUUUUUUUGUAGUUCACACCACCAGAUUUGUGCACCUGCUGAGGCCUAAGCUAUUGACAAUGAGAGCAAGCACUAAACCUUGUUUGUAACGUGAUGAUUACCUUGCAGGGAAAGUAAUGUUUUAAUUUUUUAGAAAAUUGGUUAAAAAUGAUUUAAUCUAUCAAUUGAAGUCCAGAAAUUUUCAUUAUCUUUAAGGAAGAUCUCAUCACAUGUUUUUAUAUUUGUUCUCACUGUGCUGAUCUCCACAUAUUGAAGGUUUAAUGCAGCUGCACUUAAGGCCACUGGAGUUCAGUAGAUGAAAAGUCAGCAGCAGUACUCUCAAUGAACAAACCGGCAGGUUCAUAAGCUGUCAUACAUGUGCACGUGUUCUCCUGUGGACUCCUCUGUUCAGUGCAUGCUGCAUGACAAGCAUACAGCUGUAAUACUUGACUGCAUGGUAUACCGGCGUUGCUGCCCUGUACUGUGUUUUCUUGUGCAACGAAUAAACUUUGUAUUUCACUUUGA